AAAUUCCAAAUUCCAAUGACUAAUCGAUUUACCCGUUUCCGGUUUCACAAGAGCUGUUACAUAAUAUGUAUAACACGGACGGGUACCAGCAAACCUAUUUUCAUUUUCGGAAACCAGAAUUUACCCAGUCAUCUAAAUUCCCACGAUAUAAAGUCAUUGAUCGUGCCGCUUUUGGAUUGUUCAGCUGUCAGUAUGAAUCGCAUGGUACUUCUCCUUCUUGGUCUUACAACUGUCAAGACAGAUAACACUUGCCCAGGAUUACCAAUGUGUUUCUGCAACAAAGACAAGACAUCAGUGAAUUGUGAAGGAAGACAUUUGACAACUAUUCCUGACAAAAUUCCAACAUGGGUUGUAAAGCUCUUCUUAGGCUACAAUGAGCUGACUAACAUAACUACGGGUGCGUUUGCUUCGUUUCCAGUGUUAGAGCGUCUGCAACUUGAUCAUAACAAGAUAAAUAUCAUACAGCCGUAUGCAUUUAAAAACCUCUCAAGUCUUGUUUAUCUCGAUCUCCGUGAAAAUAAAUUAUUCGAAAUAGGAAAGAAUGCAUUUUCAGACAUGCAGAGCUUGCAAACGCUUUAUCUUUUAACCAACCGAAUACAAAGAAUAAACAAAUCAGCUUUUAGCGGAACUGAACGCCUAGCUUACCUAUAUUUACAGGCGAACGCACUAACUGCUAUACCAGAACUAGGAAAAGUACAAAAUCUGAAGAAACUUAUUCUAGAUGCAAAUAAUAUAUCGAAUGCCACUUUCCCUUCAUGUUUUUCAACAAUCCAGAUGCCACUGUACAUUGGACUUAGUGGUAACAACAUCAAAAUCAUAAGUAACCACACCUUUGAGACUCUGCGCAAUAAAUCAUUAUCAAGUUUAGUCUUAACAAAAAACAAACUUUCAGAAGUUGGCACUGGAACAUUUUAUCCGCCUGGUUCUAUAACGUCACUUAGAAUUGGCUCAAAUCCAUUAAGUGCACCGGUGCUACGAACAACCAUUGGGAGUCUGAAAGGGAAGAACAUGGCUUCUCUUGAUAUAUCAGGUAUUCAACUGAAUGGAGUCCUUCCUGAAAACACUUUUGAACUUUUGAAGAACACUUCAAUAACAACAUUGAGUAUGCGCUCUAAUAAAAUCGUUAAAUUACCAGAUCGCGUCUUUUUUGGACUGAACAAGCUUCAUGUCCUAGACUUGACGCAAUGUGAGAUAAUGGAGACGUCUCCACAAUCAUUUAUAGGUUUAGAUAAAUUAGCAGUACUGAUAUUGAAUAGAAAUAAACUGAAGAAUGUGCCAACAAAUUUACCGACAAGUUUAACAAGCCUUUACAUGGAUGACAAUGAAAUAACGACCAUUCCAGACAAAUCGUUCUACAAUUUGACAUCACUUCAAGAACUACGAAUACGUUACAACACGGUUCUAACACUAGAACAAGACUCAUUCCGUGGUCUAGUUCAACUUACCAAAUUAUCAUUAUAUGAUAAUAACAUUGCAAUACUGCCAGGAAAGGUAUUCAGUCCUCUAUCACGUUUGAUAUCUUUAGAUCUCGAGAAAAAUAACUUGGUGGAAAUUCAGUACUCUAAAGGUAGAUUUUCAGCUUUGGGUUCGCUCGUAUACCUAAAUCUAGCCAAUAACAACUUGAGAUAUAUACAGCCUGACUUAUUUCAGUUUACACUUUCUUUGAAGUAUUUGCAUUUAGAACAUAACUCGCUUAGCAACUUAUUAGCUGAAGACUUUGGAGGCAGAUUAUUAAAAGGACUUGUAAAACUUCGGGAACUGAAUUUGAUGGAUAACAAACUUUAUGCCGUUCCAGAUGCUACGUUUCAAAAUCUGGAGUCACUUGUUUUCUUAAAUCUGACUGACAACAAAAUUAAAGGAUGGGGUCCUAAUCUAUUUAAAUCAAUGUCAAAACUACAAGUUUUAGACCUUACAAACAAUCUUAUCGCUACGCUGAAGAAAGAAAAUCUAAAAGAUCUAAGUACAUUGAAAAGUUUAAACCUUACCGGAAACCCGUUUAGUUGUAAUUGUGAUUUACGGUGGUUCCGCGACUGGAUCAAUUCUACAACAGUUGAUCUUGCUAAAAAUGACACUUACCGAUGUUACAGUCCAGAUGACUGGCAGGGUAAGAAACUGCUUUCAUUCAACAGGAACAAAAUAAACUGCAUUAUAAUAAAAUGGUGGUACAUCAUGAUUGGGUGUGCAGUUGCAGCUGUUUUUGUCAUCAUCAUUUCCGGGUUGUUGUACCGAAAACGUUGGCCGCUUAAGUUAUAUUUUUAUAAACUUAGAAGAAGACGAGAACCACGAAAACACGGGGCUGCCGACGGACGUGGUGGUUAUGGAGCUAUUAAUAAUGAGGAAGGAUUUGACGCCUACGUCUCAUGCGCAGAAGAAGACAAGCAAUGGGUUCUUGAUAAUCUUCUCCCUGGCGUUGAUCAAGGAAAGAAAGACGAUGAACACGUUUUUGGCGGACAAUUCUGUCUUUAUUUCGAAGACAGGGAUUCAGAACCAGGUCGUUCAGUUGCUGGUAACAUUUAUGAAAAUAUGAUAGUCAGUCGCAAAGUUAUCGUUGUCCUCAGCCGAAACUAUUUGCAAAGUCCAAUGCAUCUUUGGGAGCUAGAUCUUGCCACUGUGCAAAUGUAUGAUAAUGACAAUAAGCUUGAGGAAAUCAUUGUUGUCCAUAUUGAAAAAGGGUUGCCAGACAAGAUUCCAAAACGCAUCUCCCAUACGAUGAAGAGAAACCAAAUUGUUGAAUGGAGUGACACACCUGAUGCAAAGGAACACUUUAAACACACAAUAAAUGAUAAAUUGGGAAGAAAGAAUAUUGCUGCCAACUACGAGGCUGUAUAAAGCUACAGACUAAUGUUGAUUGGUGACGCUGUACAAAAUAAGUGAGAUCUUUAUAGUGAUUGAAAUCUUAAUUAUUGCCAUUCACUCUGAACUUUAGUUGAAUAUUUGUCAUGUCUUUGAGUGUUGAACACAACACCAGACGGGAUGUAUAAGUCUAGCGGGUCGGCAUAUUGUUUAUAAAGCCAAAUACUCGCCCAAAUAUAUUCCCGUCUGAAGGAAUGAUUUUUGCGUGUAAGUUUGAAUACAACACAGUAUUAUGACUGGAUGUUUAAGCCUUAAAGUUCAUCAACAUUAUUUCUUCAACUGCUUACUAGUUCUUAUAUGUUCCCUAUUUGUACAUAAAAAUGUAUUGUAACGUAUUGCUUAACAUAUUUAGUUUUCAAAAUAUAAUGACUUAAUAGACAUUAAUAGACAUUCUUAUGUUCUCUAUUUUAAUAGAAUUAUACUUUGACUAACACUUAUAAUUAUCAGUUAAGUUGAACAUUUAUGUAUAUUGUAUUUUGUUGUUCAUAUCUCUUUGAUAAUACACGUUUGUGGAUUGUUAUCUUCAACAAUAAAAAUGACAAAAAUGAAACAAA